UACUUCUUUGUAUAGUUGAUUCAAAACUGUGUUAAAAAACUGUUAAAUUUAUAUGUGUUCGAAAAUCAGGUAGAACUAAAGGCAAAUGACUUCAUUCCUUAAGCCAUGAUCCACAUCUAGGAUAAGAAACGUCCAAAGUUCAAGUUUCAAACAUCGAUAAUUUACACAGUAUAAGUAUCAUUUGCCGCAAUGAAACAUUUGGCUAAACUGGUAUUUUACUUGCUCAUGCUGUGUUGUCAUUCUGGAUCUUCUAAAACAUGUCGAAUGAAAGAAAGAAACACUAUUGCAGACUGCACAAAGAGUGGACUACAAGACAUACCUAAAUACUUGCCACUGAACAUAUCAGAGCUUGAUCUAAGUCAUAAUAAAAUAUCGUUCCUUAGAAACAAUGCAUUCCAACGAUUUGAGAAUUUGACGGUAUUAAAGCUUGAUUAUAACAAUUUAGAGAACAUUGACACAGAAUCCUUCAAUGGUCUCUCCAAACUCAGAUGGCUUUCAAUGGAGAAAAAUAAACUUGAUAUUUCAUCACGUGAUUUCAAACAUGUAUUUAAACCUCUGAAUAAUUUGAACCAUUUAGACAUUAGAUACAAUAUGGAUAAAUUGGUAACCAAAGCUACAGUAGAAUAUCCAUUUUUCGGUUACAUGUCUAACCUGACAACUCUAUAUAUGGACCUGGCUGAAAACCCUGUUUUCAAUUCGAGUGGUUUUGAGUUGAUGCUUAACCUUCAAACUGUUAGAUUUGAAAAAUGCUAUUUAAAACAAAUGCUUAACGACACUUUGAUAAACUUGCCACGAAAUAUUAUCUCAAUUUAUUUUUAUAGGUGUUAUUCGUUUAUAUCGUUUGUAGAACCUAACUUUUUAAGACCUUUUCCUGUACUGAAGGAACUAACUAUGUUUAAAGUUCGUGUCCGAUUCGACGAUGCAUUGAAACUUUUGUACCCGUUCACUGGCAAGGAAAUGACAUCGAUAAGCUUUAUACAAGUAAUUGGGUUUGCAGCUAAGCCAGUCUUCAUUACUCGUGAUAUGGUGAAAUAUCUAAAAGAAAUUUGCGUUCAAACAUUAGUUCUAGGAGAAAGUGAAAUAGUUGGAUAUGAGGAAAAUUCUUUACUUGCGUUUAAAUAUCCACAAUGUUUGGAAUAUGUUGUAUUUUCAGGCAAUCGGUUUUCACUGGGAAUAGAAAAUCAUGAAAUGGAACUCAUAGUUGUUGCAAUGAAAGCAACAAAUUUGAAGUACUUUGACUUAUCGUACAAUGCCAUUAAUUUCAAUGAUGUGACGUACUGUAAUAUUGAGGCUCUUCGAAAUGUUUCUUAUAGAAACGAAAUAUACAGCAAUGGGUGUGAAGUUAAAACGAAAGUAGCUGAACAAUAUCAAAUUUCAAAUUCAAAUCUUCGAUAUUCUGACAUGACUGAAGAAAUAAAUAUAACUGUUUCGAUGCCUGCAAACCUAACCUUUUUCCGACUAUCGCAUUAUAUGACAUCAUAUAAAGAGUACGGACUAAAUUUCUUUGUAAAAAACUCAGCUACUUUGAGAUACCUGGAUUUGUCGUACUGGAAAGUUUCAUAUUUUCCAAAUAUAUACUCCGUCACUCCAUUCAACAUAAAAUAUUUGGACUUAACUGGUGUCAGCUCAAUGCUUUUUAUCCACAAAUCAUCAGUGCCUAUAUUUCAAAAUAUCGAAACUGCAAUUAUGAAGGAUACAAUGAUUGAUGAAACCAUUAGAAGAAAUGGUAAUGUAUUUAAACUAUUCCCGACUGUUGAAAAGUUCGAUAUAUCAUACAACAAUGUCUUAUAUCUGGAUGAUGAUUCUUUUUUGUUGAAUACAAGACUAUCGAACCUGAACAUGGCAAACAAUUUACUAUCAACAAUUCCAAAGGCAGUGAUGAGUUUAGCGCACCUUAAUAGAUUGGAUAUCAGAUAUAAUCGAAUUCAGACAAUUGGACAAACAUUCAGAACAUGGCUUGAUUCGAAAAGUGAAAGUAGAAAGUUUCUUCUACUUAUAAAAGGUAAUAGUUUCAAAUGUACGUGUGAUACAUCCGAUUUCAUUCAGUGGAUAUUCAACACGAAAGUUGAUUUCGAUCAAAACAAAAAACGAUACAAUUGUACUUUGACUAACGGAACAGAAACCAAUACAUUGUUGGUUUAUAGUCGGUUUCAUGACCAUUUCGGUAACUGUGAUAGCAAAACUUGGUUACGUUUAGGUAUUGGCCUCAUCGUUUCCUUUUUUGGUUUGACUAUAAUUAUUGCCGUUAUCUUUAACUUUCGAUGGAAAAUCACAUAUUGGGUAUACCAAAAUUUUAGGAAGGCAGUAGAAAAAAGGUUGGAAAGAAAGUUUAGAUAUGACAUCUACUUGACAUAUGCUGAUGACAGAAUUCAAUGGGUUCGUGAAGUUCUCCUGCCGCGUAUAGAAAAUUCAUGGAACAUGACCGUCUGCAUAGAAGAUCGGGAUUUCGAGCUUGGAAUUUCGCAGGCAGAUGCAAUAGCAAAUGCCAUUGCGGGAAGUAAACAUGCAAUUUUCAUAAUUUCAGAUAUAUACAACGAUAAAUCCUGGAGUCAGUAUGAAAUUGAAAGAGUAAAAUAUGAAAAAUGUUCAAAUUAUUUGCAAAAAACUGUUGUUAUUGUAAAAGAUGCAAAUGUGUCUUCAAUUUUACACGAAUUAGACAACAUUUUACAACAUUUGAUAAUAAUAGAUUGGACUAAUGAUGAAACUGGUUGGGAUAAAUUACGUAUGGCAUUGUUUACGGAAGCUUUUUGAUUAGUUUUUUUUAUUC